AUGACCUCCCGGCCUAACUUCUUGGUCAUCGUCGCCGAUGACCUCGGUUUCAGCGACUGUGGUUGUUUUGGGUCAGAGAUUAGUACUCCCAACAUCGAUGCCUUGGCCUAUUCUCGGGGUGGACUACGGUUCACUUCCUUCCAUGUUGCUGCGGCCUGCGCUCCCACGCGGUCCAUGCUCAUGACUGGAACGGACCACCAUUUGACCGGUCUAGGCCAAAUGCCGGAGUACAUAGCCCUGUCUCGCGCCCACCAAGGCGCCCCAGGCCAUGAAGGGUACUUGAACGAGAGGGUUGUGGCAUUGCCGGAGCUGCUCAGGGACGGCGGCUAUUAUACUUUGAUGUCGGGAAAAUGGCACCUGGGGUUGAAGCGGGAGUACUCGCCGCAUGCUCGGGGGUUUGCGAAGUCGUACGCUAUGCUUUCUGGUGCGGCGAAUCAUUAUGGGUAUGAGCCUCUGUAUGAUGACAUUGUUGCGGGCGUCCACCCUUUCUUCCAAACAACUGUGACGGCUCUCCACAUGGAAGACGCUGAGUAUUCGACAAAACUGCCAGAGGACUUUUAUUCUUCCAAGACGUACGCCUCGAAGGUCAUCGAGUUUCUUUCCGAGCGUCCGGAGUCGGAGAAAGGGAGGCCGUUCUUCGCUUACCUCCCUUUCACUGCUCCGCACUGGCCUCUGCAAGCGCCCAAGUCCUACGUGGACAAGUACCGCGGGAUGUACAAUGAUGGUCCAGCUGCAUUGAGACUUAAGCGACUCGAGAGACUAAAGGAACUGGGCUUGGUUGCGCCAGACAUUGUGCCACACGAAGUCGUAACGGGACCGGGGGACCUUGAUUGGGAGACGAUGGACGACAAAGAGCGGGCGAAAUCCGCUCGCGCGAUGGAAGUCUACGCCGCCAUGGUGGAAGUGAUGGAUGAGAACAUCGGCCGAGUCGUGGACUAUUUACGACAGUCGGGUGAAUACGACCACACCAUCAUCUGCUUCAUGUCGGAUAAUGGUGCCGAGGGCGCCAGCUACGAGGCUUCGCCUCUCGGCGGCAGUGGUAUCACAGCACAUCUGGAGAAGUACUAUGAUAAUUCGUUGGAGAAUAUCGGGCGGCCAAACUCCUACGUGUGGUACGGCAGUCGCUGGGCCCAAGCAGCUACGGCCCCAUCGCGACUCUACAAGAUGUUCUCUACGGAGGGUGGUUGCCGUGUGCCUUUGGUUGUGAAGCCGGCGGGCAAUCCAGAAGCCCUGCAUGAGGGUGGUCGUGUCAUCGACGCCUUUUGUACAGUCAUGGACAUUGUCCCGACUAUUCUGGAAUACGCUGGGCUGCAACAUCCGGGAACCACAUAUCGAGGACGAAAGGUCGAGCGCGUUCGCGGUGUCAGUUGGAAGCCGUUCCUGGACGCCAUAGCGGUCGCUGGCACGGAUACUUCUCCUGCCCCGUCGUCGAUCCAUGGCGAGGAGCAUGUCACGGGCUGGGAAAUUGCUGGAAGUGGUGCCCUGCGAAAGGGACGGUACAAGAUUACUUACGUUCCUCUCCCUCGGGGCCCACAACGGUGGGAGCUCUUUGACAUUGUAGAGGAUCCCGGAGAGACGCGCGAUUUGAGCAAGGAGAAACCCGAAAUCUUCAAUGAGUUGUUGAGACUCUGGGCUAUCUACGCUGAGGAGGUUGGUGUUGUCGGACUGGCCGGCCAGAUAUCGGCGAACAACCAGGUAGUUGAAGGAGUCAAGGAUGAAUUUGAGGAUACUGGACGGUGGAUCCGUUUUAUUGGCAAGGACAAUGUGCCACCUGAGAUACAAGCUCGGCUUCCCAAAUGA